UCAGACCUGGUGCGCUCUCACUCACUCUUCUUCUUCCUCAUCUCCUCCUCCAUAGUUACAACCAGAGCACUCUUAGGGUUAGGGCUUCCACCUUCAUGCGAUUCGAAGGCCCUCUCACUCUAUCCUCACUACGAUUCCCUUUCAUCUAAUACCCAAUCUGAAAUCCCUCACUAAUUUCGUGCGCAGAUGGAUGCUGUCUACUCCAAGCUCUACGACAAGUACUCCAAAAUCAAGGCCGACAAAUUCUCCGAGUUGACUCAGCAAAACAGUCAUCAAGAUGAAAGGUUCAAGAACUAUAUCCAUGCUUCGGAGGAUUUGAUGCAGCAUUUGAGAAGUGAAAAUGAAGAGUUGCGUUUGCAGCUUAAUGAGCUUAGGACUGAAUUGGCUUCCCUCAGGCAUGCUAUUUCUGAGUUCCGGCGUAAUUUCUUUAGUCGAGUUUUAAUGUAUGCUGAUUGAUGAACAACUGGCUGAUUUAAAAUUAAUUGCAGGCUAGUGAAAGAUGAACACUUCGCCGAGUACCAGAAGGUUUUAAUGGCAGAAAACAAGAAAAAUAAGGAGCUUUCCGAAGAAGUAAAAAGGCUCCAAAAGAUGCUACAGGCGGACACUUGUAGUAGAAUGAAGGAUAGCAACACAGACAAUGAAGAAUUGUGUAUGUCUGGUGAUGAAGUAUCAGGAAAAGCAGGCAAGACCUCAAGGAGAAGAGAUACAAACAAACGUAAGAGGCAUUCUGGUUUAGAGGCAGGGGAGAUAGAUAUGCCUUCUAGGAUUCAUGAAGAUAGUGUAUUACAAAGAGAAUCUGCUAAAGACAUAGACAAGGAAACUAUGCACCGUGAAUCUCUUGUUGUUUCUCAGAAGACCAAUGUGAAUUUUCAGCCACUGUGCUGUAGAAAUCUUGAAGGACCAGGUGGCAGUGUGAGUGGAACAUCUAAUUGUCUGUUUCAAGAGCUUAUUGAGUAUGUGUUGGGCUUAAAGUUCUCCAUUGUUGAUCUAAGUGAAGGAAGAUGCAUUUCAGUUGCGCAUCAAUCAAGUGGUUACUCCUUCACUCUGACAUGGAUGAACAGUGCUACAGGGAAGAAUCCAGAAAUACUGUACCGGUUUUUAUCCUUGGGGACCUUUGAGAGGGUAGCACCAGAGUGGAUGACCGACGAUCUUAUGUUUAGCACAACUAUGUGCCCCAUCUUCUUCGAAAGGGUAUCCCGUGUUGUUAAGAUAUCCUAGUUGGUUUCCCAGAAUUGUAGUUUUUAUGUACAAAUCUGGUAGUGAUGUUCUUCUGAGUUCACGUACAGUAAAAAGUUUGACGAUGAGCACGUCUGCAUAAUUAGCUGUAAAAAAUCUCCUUUCAUCAAGGAAACUGAUGGGACUGUGUUUUUAGAUCUCUUGUAAGAGGUAGAGAGAAAAGAUCUUGGAUUUUAUGAGGGUAGUAUAAUACCUUGUAUCUCGGGUAUGCAUGAGUGAUGCAACCGCAAUUAGGAUGUAGUGAUGUACGUGAUGGAGAUGUCGUGAUUACGAUUUAUGCAGCUGCAAAAUUGUUUGAAUUAGUUUUCUGGUACGUGUUAAUUUCGUCUGACACUCAGCUGUUGAUGGUUACAUGACAACUUAAUGGCUGUUAAUUGAAGUAUUUACUAAUAAUCAGCAAGCUAUAGGUGGAAGUGUCGUCUGCUGCCCCUUAUUGACGCAUUUGGAAUUGUAAUAUUCUGCUGCACCCUCUUGGUGACGUGCUUCAGAGUUGUAAACUUGUAAUUUGUAUUUUGUAAGCAUAUUAAGGCAUCUUUGAGAUUUCUGUAAUCGAAAUGGUUCUUCAGAUGUCAUAAGUCAUAAGUAUGUACGCAGGCUUAAGUGUGGAACCAAAGCGCAAACCAAUUUUGUAUUAAAUGCCAAGGUUAUAACAAUGGUCAAACUAUUUGG